AUGGAAACAAGAGUUACUCUCAACCUAACUUAUGUUGUGGCUAAUAUACAUCUCUGCUAUGAGAUGAAUGGUAACAAAAUUACCAUGAACCCUUCUGCUGCAUGUGUGAUGUUCUACUGUUUUCUUAUCCUUUUGUCUGUUGCCACAGUAUGUGGAAACCUCCUUGUAAUAAUUUCUGUGUUUUACUUCAAACAUCUCCACACUCCUACUAACUUCCUCAUUCUGUCUCUGGCUGUGGCUGACCUGCUUGUGGGGAUCAUUGUAUUUCCUUUAGGCAUGGCAUUCUCAUUCACCUUAUGCAUGUUCCAAGAUGAUUUAAUUUGUAAGAUUCGAGACAGUUUAGGCACAUAUUUUUGUACUUGCUCUAUUUUACACCUAUGUUGUAUUUCAAUUGACAGAUAUUGUGCAGUUUGUCAGCCAUUAAAAUACAAAUCUAAAAUCAGUCAUCAUGUUAUUGUCUUUAUGAUUACUGUAAGCUGGGGUGCUUCUGCACUUAUUGCAAUUGGAUCAGCACCAAAAUCAAAACAAAAAUGUCAAGAAAAUGGUUUUAUUGAAGUUCUGAUGAAAAAUAUACUUGGAACUGUUUUAUCUUUUUACCUUCCACUUGUCAUAAUUUUGUGUGUUUACCUGAAGAUUUUUUUUGUUGCACAGAGACAGGCACAAAACAUCCAAACCAGAAUGAAAUGUGGAGCAACUAUCAGUAAGAUGGAGAGAAAGGCCACCAAAACUCUGGCUAUUGUUCUGGGAAUUUUUAUAUUUUGCUGGACUCCUUUCUUUUUUUGUUUUACUCUUCUGCCAUUUACCAAUAAUUCAAUGACAGUUCUUAUGCUUGAAGCAUCUGUUUGUGUUGGACUGACAAACUCAACAUUAAAUCCAUUGAUUUAUGCUUUCUUUUACAGCUGGUUUAAAUCAGCCUUUAGAAUUAUUAUGUCUGGAAAAAUAUUAGAUAGUACCUAUGCUAAUACAAUAUUAAAUUAA